AUGACGGCCGCCAUUGUCACGCGCACCCCUCUACACACGCUUAGCAUGACCGGCGCACAAACAAACGGAAUUAAGAGAAAAAGCCUGAGGCACCACAACGACCACCCGGACGAGGAUGCCCCGCCGAACAAGAAGUCCAAGGCGACAAAUACCACCACAACCUCUAAGAACGCGUCGCAAAACACGGUGAAGAAGGCCAAGAAGUCCUAUGACGAAGGCGAUGAUGGAUUUGUCUUCACGCGCCGUACCAGGAAGGCCAAAGCAAAGGAACCAGAUGUAGCACCCGAGCCGGAAACCACAGCUGGAGCUCCUGCGCCUGCCUCCGAGGCACAGCCCGUACAGCAACCCUCACAGCCAACAGACGAACACGCGCCGAUAGAAGCUACUCAACCGCCGAGGAAGAAGCCCAGGAAGACGCUACCUACGAGUCCCGAACCCACCCCGCGACGACGUUCCAAGCGCUUGUCUGGCAAUAGUCCUGUUCACAACCAAGAACCUGCGACCUCGAAACCAGCUACCGAACAGCAAUCACAUCAACGGAGCCCUGCAACACCACCCCCUGCGACUGGGGAUCAGGAGAAUGUCGCGCCAGCAGCAGAUGGCAGUCCAGCCUUGGAUCAGGGCGAGCUGACAAUACAUAAAAAACGCGGUCCAGCAAAGAUCCCGCUACCAUUCGGAGAAACACCUGUACUGCGUCGCAACAAAGAGAUGCGUAAACUGAGUGCUGAGAAGUCGAGGAGAAGUUCGUCAGGAAUGAGAGGACGGAGGGCUUCAUCUUUGAUUGAAGCAGGCAGCUCACGUGCCGUACCACAUAGCCAGGUGGAGACAAACGAGUUCUACAAACACAUUUCUCAGGACUUGGUCGAACCGAAACGUAUGAGGCAAUUGCUCUUGUGGUGUGGCCAUCGCGCUUUACCGGAAAAGAGCGGUGGUGGUCAGAUGGAUGCAGCGGAAACGGCAGCAAUGCAUGCGGCGAGAGUUAUACAGGAAGAAUUGCUUAAUGAGUUCAGCUCGCGCAAUAAUCUGAGUUACUGGUACGACAGGGAAGAUACAACACCGACUGUGCUGGUCAAGAAGCCAAAUCCGAGAAACAUUCAGAAUGCCGAGAAGUUGCAGCAGUUGGAGGCAGAACUUGCGAGGUUACAAGAGGAGAAACGAGCAUGGGACGAUCUCUUAUCCUCAACAGCACCACCAAAACCUUCAGCAGAGAACCAAGAAGCCGAAACAUCAUCACAACCUCAACUCGACAUAUCACCACAAGCCAUUAAUCCCGCUCUCCUCGAUCCCUCACAGGCCGAUCUUCUUCAAACUCUUCUUUCGGGCAUUUCCCUCAAUUCAUCGUCCUCAGAACCCUCCACAUCGGCGCAAACAUCAACAUUAGAAACCACAAAAUCACGCGUUGGCACAAUCGCCUCGACGCUAGAGUUCAAAAUCGACAAACUCGCAGAUGGAGCGCAUAAACUCGAACAAUACAGAGCUGGAGCGCAAAGAUUGGCCGACCAUGUGUUGGCUGUUGGAGCGGAGAAACUGGAAGAAAGAGAUAAGAGUGUCAGAGAGAAGACGAGCAAUGGUUCAUCUGGGCAGGUUGAUGCGCUCGAUAGGUUGAGGGGAUUGAGUCGGGUGUUGAAUAAGCGUGGUUGA